CUUCUAUCUAUAAUCCACUCUAUCUAAAAAGAAAAAAAAAAGGAGAAUAAGAAAGGACCAGCAGCACACCCAGCGGCGACUGUCCUCCGGCGGAAGCCAUCUCCGCUCCGGCGGACGCCCCUCCCUCCACCGAAGCGCGCCGCCUCGUAGCUUGGUGUUAUUGGGGACAGGGAAGACUGCUUGAGAGUGUUCCUGGGCCCGGAAGCAGUCACCAGAAGAGAGCUGAAGGGUUUGUGUUGCUUUCCUCUGAACCAGUAUAAUAAUGGCCACAAAGCUUGUGGUUUUUGGGCUCCCCUGGGAUGUGGACAGCGAAGGAUUACGAAAGCAUAUGGCCAAGUUUGGACCCCUGGAAGAUUGUAUUGUCAUGAAGGAUCGCUUUUCCGGUCGAUCUCGUGGGUUUGGCUACGUAACGUUCUCAUCGGCUGAUGACGUCAAGAAUGUUCUUGAGUGUGAACAUUUUCUUGGGAACCGACCUCUAGAAGUGAAGAUAGCAAUUCCCAGGGAAGAACUGAAAGCACAGCCACCGGGAACAAAAACAGCUACUAGGAUAUUUGUUGGUCGCAUUCCGCAAUCUGCAGAUGAGUCAAUGUUCCGUAGGCAUUUUGAAGCAUUUGGAGAAAUUAUCGAUCUUUACAUGCCAAAGGAACAUGGUUCAAAAGGUCAUCGUGGAAUUGGGUUUAUCACUUUUCAGAGCGCAGAAUCUGUAGACAGUAUCAUGCAAGAGUCGCAUGAGUUGGAUGGAACAACUCUACAUGUUGACCGUGCAACUCCAAAGCAUCAGGAUGAAGAUAUCAGACACCCUCCAAGCAGGACAUCUCAGGAUGGGGGCGACUAUGGCCUUGGCUAUGGUGCAUAUGAUGUAUACAUUGCAGCUGCAACCAUGUUUGGAGCUUUGGGCCCACCAACACGGUAUGAUCAUCCAGGAUCAGCUUAUGGAAGAGGAUACUCUGGAUCCCCUCAAGAAACGGGCAAAAAGAUAUUUGUUGGCGGGAUUCCACAAGAAGCAAACAAAGAUGACCUAAGGAAUUACUUUGGUGGAUUUGGCCGGGUCGCAAAUGUGUUUAUUCCAAGGGAUCCUAAAGGAAGUGGCCAUCGAACUUUUGGUUUUGUCACCUUUUCUGAUGAGGGUGUGGCAGAUAAGGUAGCUGACAAAAGCCAUGAAAUUCUUGGAUGUAAGGUCACAGUAGACAUAGCUGCACCGCCUAGGGGUGAUACCAGUGGUCGUUUCGCUGACCCCAUGCCCGGCGUGGACCUUCAUGCACCACCUUACGGCUCAAUGCGGCCUUUCGGCAUGUUCUGCGGCAACCUGGGUUAUGACCGAGGCUAUGGUCCCGGCGGAGGCGGCAGCAGAUCGAGAACGGAUGGGCGGCAUCGACCUUACUGAUCCGGCCCGUGCUCGUCUCGUUGAUGUUAAAUGCGUCCCUGUUUGGUGAUGAUCUCACUGGUACUGGUAGUCAGCUGAUUCUGGACUUGGGGUGGUGCUGUGUUUUCCUAGCUGUGUAUUGUUGCAUCUUUUAAACUUGUUUUGCUGGUUGGUCCGGGGGUCGUAGUCAGCGUCUCAAACUAACCUGGGCGUGUCAUUGUGUGAACCUCACAAACCCCUGUUGCAUUACCUCUGAUAGUGGAAUCCGUGGUGUCGAAUCGUAUGGAAAGAAGAACAAGUCUAUGGCAACUCUUUAGGCUGCUCGCUUGUACUGUAACUAGGUAACCUCAUCUGUGCCUUGAGUGGGAUGUUUGUUAUGGUUAUUUUGCAGUCGAAACACA